AGUUGGUGCCACGCUUCUUGAAGUGGUUUGUAUGUAAAGUGAAUAGAUUUUUUUUUACUAAUGAGCAGUUUUUGUCUGGGAUGCUUCAAUUGAGGUAGCAUGUUUGUCACGUGGUAACCUUAGCCGACAAUGCCGAACUCCUAGUUGAUAAUCGGUCGCCAUUCGAUCAACAUGGUAUGCACAAUGAAUGCCGAGAAAUUAUCCAAGCUACAGUCGCAGGUGCGCAUUGGCGGCAAGGGAUCCGCCAGGAGGAAGAAGAAGAUUGUGCGUAAAGUUACCACAACUGAUGACAAAAAGAUCCAAAGUCAUCUUAAAAAAUUAUCUGUUAAUAGCAUUUCUGGUAUUGAAGAGGUGAACAUGAUUAAGGACGAUGGGCGCGUGAUCAAUUUCAACAAUCCCACCGUGCAAGCCUCACUUGGAGCCAACACAUUUGCCAUCACUGGCCACUCUGAGGACAAGCACUUCACAGAACUUCUUCCUGGCAUCCUCAACCACCUUGGUGCUGAAGGCUUCAGUCAUAUCAAGCGCCACGCCUCCAGCAUGGCGCAAGGCAUGGGUGCUGCCAUUGAUGAUGAAGAUGUGCCUGAUCUUGUAGAAGACUUCGAAGCCGCAAGCAAGACUGACAAUGUGGCUGCCAAGAAGGUCGAGAAAGGCGAAGAAGCUGACGACGAAGAUGAGGACGAUGAUGACGAAGGUGGGAAAAGCAAACAAGAUAAACCUAAGACCAAAAAGGCCAAUAAGAAGACAGCAAAAAAAUCCUCGUCAACUGCCGCGCAGAGCGACAGUUCGCCUGAAAAGGAUGACAGCUCUUGCGAUUCACCCAAGAAGAGCGACAAGUUACAAGCAAAAAGCGAUGACUCCGAUGCUGCUGUUGCUGAAGUUCCUGCUGCAGCUGCCAAGGAGGACUAGUUUUUGCAGACCUAGCUAUUUUACCGGCAGUUCUAUUUGGCUUGCUGACUAGGAUCGUUACUGUUUCAAUUUUUAUUUUUGCCUUAUGUUACGAAAAGAUCGUUUAAUUUGACUUGUUUGAAAGAAAGCUACUGUAAAGUGGUUUCGUUCUCAAGAUUGAUCUUUAGAGCAAUAACGAUACGCGUCAGUCAUUUUUAUCACUGCUAAAUUAGUGUUAAUUCCAGCACGAUCGGGCAGUGCUUGAGUAACGAUCUUGGUCAGAUGCCAGAGGCUGCAGCGAUUUGAUCUAAUGUUAGCUUUUCCAAUUGAUUUCUUGUCGCGAGUGCCCCAGUAGUGUCUGAUCUAACAUUUGCGCUUCAUUGGAAUAUUUGUUUAUAACAACAAUUUGUCUCCAUCAAAUACCAUGACUUCCCUUGUACGGUAUCUGCUUUGAUAAUAAUUUUUGAAAUGCCAUUCAUAAUCGAAAAUUGCAGGGCAAUUACGAUUUAUUCAAAUUUAUAUUGAAUCCUAUUGGUACCCAUCAAAUGGUGUUAAUGGAUCGAUAUUUCUUUGUGCCUUUGGUUUCACUGUUCUAGAUAAAAAUAUGUUCAGGCAAGUUGCUCGUUUUUGUUUCGUCAGCUAAUAGCGAGAAGCAAGUGUUGUCGGCAUUCUGUUUUUCUGUGGUUUAUCUUGAACAAUAUUUCUUACUUUGCUCAUCGUGGUCUAGGUGUAAAGCUCGCACUUGUACUUUAACAGAACAAUAAUAACAUUGACGCGUGACUUCUAAUCCAUUCAGUAUUUUUCGACGUUGAUUAUAUUAUAGCUCGUGUGCACUCAUACCUGGUACUGUAAUUUGUUUAUUUGUACAUAAAUAGGCCACGAGAUCCGAAUGACUAAAGGCGAAACAAAGACGCGUGACUAUCUCCCAGCGCUCAUAAUUUGUCUACUGAAAAUUAGUUAAAUAAACCAAUUGCUAAUUAUG